AUGAAUCGGCCCCGCAAGAAGAAGGAGAAGUCACUUAUGGAGGAACUUCGCGAGCUAGAUCUAUUGGGUGAAGGGGAGACGGUGAACAUUCCAGAUCUGGCAAAUGAAGAUUUAAUUGAAGAAAACUCAAUGAGUGUGGUGGUUAGAUGUUUGAACCCGACAGUUCACAAAGUAGGAGGUUUGGUCAAAGCUCUCCCGGCUAUCCGGGGAAUGGAUGAUAGAGUCCGUGGGAGGGGAGUGAGUGAAGAUAAGGUUCAGUUCAUUUUCGAGACAGAAGCAGAUCUCUAUCAUGUUCUGUUUCGGGGCCCGUGGUUUGUCAAUGGAUGGAUCGUGUCCCUGGACCAGUGGAAGCCUAAUCCAGACCCAGACUAUCUGAACAAGAUUCUUUUUUGGAUACGCAUCAAAGGCAUUCCCAUUCACCUCCUAAAGAGACAAACAGUGGAAAGUAUUAUCAGACCUCUAGGGAAAGUGGACGCUGUGGAGCUUCAUGCCAAAAAUUCCAACUCCUUAGAGUAUGUGAGAGAACGAACAUGGGUGAAAGCUGAUGAACCACUGCAGUUCUGUAAAGUAGCGAACUUUGCAUCAGGGGAGAGAGUGCCCGUGGAGCUGACUUAUGAGAAGUUACUGAAGGUGUGCUUGCUGUGUAAGAGGUUGACCCAUGAAAGGUCCAUUUGCCCUUUCCAAAUCAACGAUUUGAUGGGGGGAAAUGGAAAGGGUACAGCAAGAAAAGGUCGCCCGACAGCGAGGUCUACAAUGUAUAAGGCAAAUGCCAAGGGUAAAGGGAAAGUGGUGGAAGAUGUAGAGGAAGGAGUUAAGGAACGGUCAGGAAACCCGGGGAAGAAGAGUCUGCCAUCACCCUCUGAACCUAUAUCAAAGACGACCGGGGUUAAAGAGCGACUCCAAUGGCCAUCUGAAGGGGCAAAGAGGCAGCGAGGAAGUAAAGCACAGGGGGCUACUAAUUCGGUAGAAUGGAGACCAAAAAAAAGAUUAGAGGAGAGCUCUGCAAAGGCGGGAGACCUAUGUUCCCAGGGAGAGCAGACGAUGUUGCUUUUAAAAAGAAGACGCCAAAGUGGAAGUGGAGAAAAACAAGUUAAAAGAGCGAGACUGGGUGGUGAGAAGAGGAAAUUGUCAAAAUCUGGGUCUAACUCUUCUCAAAGGGAGGAAAAGCUUUCUCCGUCGGUUUUUGAUAGGUUGGAACCCCAGCUCCCUCAGAAGAGUUUUCACACUCGCGAAAGAGGAGGUUCUACGAAUCUGGAUGGGAACGGAGCUUACCAAGGCUCCAAUCAUUCGGUCUUGUCGGUUACAGCAAACCAUAGGAACUCUUCAGACCAUGUGUCUGAUGGUGCUAGUGGUCAAUUUGGAAAAGAAGGGUUGAUGGUUCGACACCUGAGGGAAAUAUGUGGUCAGUAUUUCCCAGAGGUAAUAUUCCUCUGUGAGACCAAGAAUAAAAGAAGUUACUUGGAGAAUGUUGUGGGUCACCUGGGCUAUCACGAUCUACAUACGGUAGAGCCGUUGGGAAAGAGUGGGGGAUUAGCUCUGAUGUGGAAAGAGGAAGUGCAUAUCAAAGUUUUGCAUUCGGAUAAGAGAACGAUAGAUGUACAAGUCAAAUGGCAAGAUAAGGAGUUCUUUCUCUCUUGUAUCUACGGGGAUCCAGUCCGAGGAGAGAGAGGGAAAGUGUGGGAGAGAUUAACGAGGAUUGGCAUCGAAAGACGGGGUCCUUGGAUGAUGACAGGGGAUUUCAAUGAAUUGGUGGAUCCGUCGGAAAAGAAGGGAGGUCCAGUCAGAUCGAUGGCAACAUGUGUUGAGUUUCAACAAAUGUUGUCAGCUUGUGGACUCUGGGAAGUAAGACACAAAGGCUACCAGUUCUCGUGGUUUGGGAAUAGAAAUGAAGAACUUGUACAAUGUCGCCUGGAUAGGACAGUGGCAAAUCAAGAAUGGAUGGAAUUGUUUCCGGAAGCACAGGCUGUGUACCUCAAGAAGGUUAGUUCUGAUCACAGUCCACUUAUAACCACUCUGAUGGGGGAAAAGUGGAGAAGAUGGGUCGGUUUCAAGUAUGAUCAGAGAUGGGUUCAAAGAGAAGGCUUCUGCGACUUUAUGAAGGAAACUUGGGAGUCGGAAAAAGUAAAACAAUCAAAUUCUUUGGUUGAGAAGCUGACGCGCUGCAGGAAGGAAAUCUCAGGAUGGAAGAGAAGGAAUAAGCCAAACUCUUCAUUAAGAAUCCAAGAGCUUCAUAGCAGAAUUGAUCGGGCCACACAACAGAGUCCUUUUAGUAUAGAAGAGGUCAGACGAUUGAAAAGUGAGCUCAAUAAGGAGUAUGUGCAGGAAGAGAAGUUUUGGCAGCAAAAGAGCAGAUUCAUCUGGUUGAAUAAUGGUGAUAAGAACACUAAGUUUUUCCACGCAGCAACAAAAAACCGUCGAGCUCAGAACCGCAUUCAGGUACUUGAGGAUAAGGAUGGGAUUGAGUGGUUUGCGGAGGAAGACUUAGGCAGAGUAGCGGAAAGUUACUUCAAGAUGCUAUAUACCUCUGAAGAUGUUGGAUAUAGGCUCCAAGAGAUGGAACAAGGCACAAACACUGUCUCUACCGAAAUGAAUGAAAUGCUGUCAGCUGAAGUUUCCCUGGAGGAAGUGAAAGAAGCAGUGUUUGAGAUCAAUCCAAAUAAGUGUCCUGGCCCUGAUGGUCUUACAGGUUUUUUCUUUCAGCAGUUCUGGGAGAGAGUUGGAGAGGACAUUACGGAGAUGGUAAGAAGCUUCAUGAGAACUGGAAGGUUAGAGGAAGAAAUAAACAGAACAAACAUCUGUUUGAUUCCCAAAAAAAUGAAGGCUUCAAAGCUCCAGGACUUUAGACCCAUUAGCUUAUGCAAUGUGGUCUAUAAGAUUGUUAGUAAGCUGUUGGCAUCGAGACUUAAGCGGAUCCUCCCCAAUAUUAUCUCUGAGACACAGGCUGCAUUUGUGAAAGGGCGGCUUAUCUCGGAUAAUAUUCUGAUCGCACAUGAGAUGUUACAUGCUCUCAGCUCCAGAAAUAAGUGUGCGGAGAACUUCAUAGCCAUUAAAACCGACAUUUCCAAGGCCUAUGACCGUGUGGAAUGGUCUUUCCUUGGAAACGCUAUGACCUAUUUGGGCUUCUCAGGGAGCUGGAUCAGGUUGGUCAUGGAGUGCGUGAAAACUGUAGAAUAUCAGGUGCUGAUUAAUGGUGUACCGUAUAGAGAUAUUCAACCAACGAGAGGGCUGAGACAGGGGGAUCCCCUAUCUCCGUACCUCUUUGUGAUCUGCACAGAAAUGUUGGUGAGGAUGCUAAACAAGGCGGAAGAGGAAGGAAAGAUUACUGGGUUAAAGAUUGCAUCAGGGGCUCCAUCUAUCUCCCAUUUACUCUUUGCAGAUGAUAGCUUAUUCUACUGUAGGAAGGAGGAGGAGGAGAUAAAUCAGAUGGUUCGGAUAAUUGAGGAAUACAGCCUGGCUUCGGGUCAGCGAGUGAACUAUCAGAAAUCCAGUAUCUAUUUUGGGAAGCUUAUUCCUGAGGAAACUAGAGGAGAGAUCAAGCAUAAAUUAGGAAUAAGUAAAGAAGGAGGGGAAGGAAUCUACCUGGGCUUACCAGAAGCUUUUAAAGGAUCCAAGGUCACCAUACUAAGCUAUUUGAAGGAAAGGUUGAAUCAACGAGUUAAUGGGUGGCAAACAAUGUUUCUAUCCCAAGGGGGAAAAGAAGUCCUUUUAAAAGCAGUGGUUAUGGCUUUACCGACCUAUACGAUGACGUGUUUUAAACUUCCAAGGAAUGCAUUGGCGAGCAUGGGAAGAGCUGACCAGGCCAAAAGCAGAGGGGGGAUAGAGUUUAGGGAUAUAGAGGCUUUUAAUGAUGCCCUGUUAGGGAAACAACUAUGGCGGAUCAUAACCCAGAAGGAAUCCCUUGUGGCAAGAGUUUUCAAAAGUCGUUACUUUAGAAAGUCAGAUCCUCUGACUGCUCCCCUGGGAUAUCGCCCUUCGUAUGCUUGGAGAAGUCUCCAGGCAGCCCAAGAGCUGUUGAGGCAGGGAGCUAGGGCUGUGGUGGGAAAUGGCAAGGAAAUAAAUAUCUGGCAACAUCAAUGGCUCCAAUCCAAACCGGCGAGAGGAUUAUCAAGAGUAAAGCAAAUCCCUCCUGGGUUUCAAAGUUCUGUCGCCCAAUUAGUGACUGUGAAAGAUCUCCUCGGCCCUGAUGGGAGAGAGUGGAAUAGGGAUCUCCUAUCCUUAGCUUUUGAGAACGAAGAUAAGCAAUGUAUUGAGGAAAUCAGACCAGGAGGAUUCCAGACAAAGGAUGGAUAUACUUGGGAUUAUACAAAGUCGGGACUAUAUAGUGUAAAAUCUGGAUAUUGGGUUGUACUAAAGGUGAUAAGGCAGAGAGGGCGAGCCCAAGUAGUGGACCAGCCAAGCCUCGAUGCGCUCUAUCAACAGAUAUGGAAGCUGGAGGCACCACCAAAGAUUCAUCAUUUCGUCUGGAAGUGCUUAAGCAAUUGUCUCUCUGUGAAUGGGAAUCUGGCUUAUCCCCAUAUUUCUAAGGAAGCUCUAUGCAUCCGAUGCCCAAAUUGUACAGAAACAGUGAACCACCUGUUUUUCCAAUGCCCCUAUGCUAGAGUGGUGUGGGCGGUAUCCUCUGUCCCAGCCCCUCAGGGGGGCGAAUGGUCUGAUUCUCUCUAUGCAAAUAUGGAUUGGUUUUUAAAUUAUCAGAAGGAACAGAGAAGUCAGACUCCGCAACCGACUGUAUCUCAAUGGGUGUUGUGGAGAUUAUGGAAAAGUCGGAAUGAGUUGUGCUUUAAUGGGAAAGACAUUGGGGUGGAAAGACUGAUCAAGUUAGUAGAGGAGGAUGCUGAGGAGUGGAGGGGUAGAGAAGAGAACACAGGUAGAUUAAGGCCUAACCCUUCGGCUCUAUCACUGGAAGUUCGGUGGAGACCACCACCGUUAGAGUGGGUCAAAUGUAAUAUGGAUGGAGCUUGGCCUAGGGAAGGUGAUCGGAGUGGUGUUGGUUGGGUCCUAAGGGAUCAUCAAGGGUCGGUGUUAUGGAUGGGAGCUAGAGCAUUACCAAGAACACGGAGCGUUUUGGAAGUUGAAACUGAAGCCCUCCGGUGGGCGAUGGUAUCGGUUGCGCGGUUCCAAUAUAAGAAGGUGAUCUUUGAAUCAGAUUCCCAAGACCUUAUUUCAGCGAUUAAUGGCGAUGAAAGGCGACCCCCGAUAGCAACAUUAUUAGAAGAUAUAAAGUGCCUAUGCCGCCAGUUUGAGGAAGUAACUUUCAAGUUUACAAAACGAGGAGGGAAUGCGGUUGCAGACAGGAUAGCUCAGGAGACUACCUCUUUUCAGAGAAAUGAGAUCCGAUUUUAUUCUAAUGCACCGCGUUGGCUAGAGUACCUAGUGGAAACAGAACUUGUAUCACAUAACAUUGGUGAAUAA